AUGGUUUCAGACAAAUACCUUGGCAGCAAUGAAGACGUCGCAGUCACCGGGGCCGCAUCAAACUUGCUGAAGAGUUGGUCAGAUUGGACGGCCGUUACCAAGAACCAGAACUGUCAUAUGAUCGCUCAAUUAAACCAUCCAGGACGGCAAUCUGCAAUUGGAGCUGGAAAGAGAAGCAUCUUCUCAAAGACAAUCGAUCCAAGUGCUAUUCCCAUCAACCUUGGAGACAACAUCGUUGCCAAGCUAAUCCGCAUGUUGGUGUUUGGGACUCCGAGAGCCAUGACACGGUAUGACAUCGACGUUGUCAUCGCGCAGUUCACUCAAGCUGCGCAACUGGCUUACCAAGCUGGCUUUCAAGGUGUUGAAGUUCAUGCAGCACACGGGUUUCUGCUCUCUCAGUUCAUGUCGCCUAAUAGCAACCAGCGCGAUGAUGAUUUCGGAGGUUCAACAGACAAGCGUGUCGAACUAGUACUUCGAAUUAUCCGAUCCAUCCGAAGAGAAGUCCCUAAGACAUUCUGCGUUGGUGUAAAGAUCAAUUCCGCAGACUUCAAAGAUGAAGAGGGUAUGACUCAAAUGCUACGACAUAUCGAGUUGAUUCAACAGGAGGAAAUUGACUACAUCAAUCUCAGUGGUGGGUCCUUCGAAGACCCGCAGAUGAUGAGUACCAAUUCGUCCCUGCAGCCAAAAUCUACCAGGUCUCGUUCAAGUAUUCGUGAGGGAUUUUUCCUCCGUACGAGUGAAGAGAUUCGUCGCAAAUUUCCCGAUCUUACGCUCCUUUUGACAGGUGGGUUCAGAAGCCGAAACGGUAUUGCUGGAGCUCUUGAUAGCAGCGCCUGUGAUCUCAUUGGACUUGGGAGACCAGCUGUGAAAUAUCCAGAGUUGCCGAACAAGAUCAUGUUUAAUGAGGAUAUAAGCGACGACGAGGCUAGAUUUGAUGUGGAGUCUGCUCCCGGUGGAGGAUGGUUGGCUUCAAAGGUCCGCUCUGUUGGAGCAGGCGCUGAAACUGUAGGUUCAUACCCUCUCAUUAAGCGAUUAUGUUUUGUCGCUCAAUAUGCAAUUUCUGACUAA